AAUGUAUCUCUAUUUUAUUUCAUUUUUGUGUGAUUAUUAAUGAAUCUUUAUUUUAUACAAAAAAAACAGUUCCUAGCCAUGUGCCACUCUGAUGGAGUGGGUCCUCUUAACACUUCAUAACCCAGCUGCCAAAGUUUUAUCUAUAAAUACAUACCCAAGUGCACCGCUUAACCCAAGAUCUUCAUCUGCAGAAUUUUCAGCUUCAACCAUUUUCUUCUCUCCUCAACCGAGAUAUCCAAGAAAACACCGUUCAGAUCCGAAAUGGGUAUCCGGUUGCCAUCCAUGAUAACUACCGCAAAGCAAAUCCUGAGGAAGCAAUCUUUACAUGCAAGAAAUCAGUCAAAUAAUAAUGUACCCAAAGGUCAUGUUGCAGUUUAUGUUGGAGAAGCAGAAAAGAAAAGGUUUGUUGUCCCAAUAUCAUACUUGAAUCAUCCUUCUUUUCAGGACUUGCUUCAACAAGCUGAAGAAGAGUUUGGAUUCAAUCAUCCAAUGGGUGGGCUUACAAUUCCUUGUGAUGAAGAUGCCUUCAUUGAUCUCACUUCAAGGUUUAAUUCCUUGUGAGAGAUGAAGAAAGAAACAUAUACCAAGCAAAUCUUGACAAUUUUUUUUAUCACAAGAUACUUUUUCUUUUCCUUCUUUUUCUUUUUUCCUUCUCUCUCUCUACUCUUUUUCCCUCCUAUGAGAAUAUAGAGGAGGACUGUGUAGUACAUACAAAGUGUAAAUUUUUCCACUCAAAGUGGGCAGAAAAAGGUUUCAGUACCUUAAAUUUAUUGACGCAAUCAAAUGAAGAAAAGAAAAAUUUUAUAAA